CGAUAGAACAACAUUUUGUAUAUAUAUUGAAGAAUUGAAAAUGUUUGCAUUGAAAAAAGCGGUUUAUUUUGGACAAUAAUAUUUAUUGUCUUUUUGCGAACGCUUGUGUGUGCAUGUUAAGAUAAAUAAAAAGUUACAACAGUUGAAAAUUGUUUUGAUUCUUUUGCUUGAUUUCGUUUUUAUUUAAAACAACUACCCUACAAUCUUCAGCCAAAAUAUGGCAAAUCACUAUGAAAUCCCAUCAUGGGCUGGUAAGGCACCCACCGGCCAUCAUUUGGAUGUUACGAAAGACGAUAAACUCAUUCAAAAACUUAUGAUUGAUGAAAAAAAAUGCUAUUUGUUUGGACGAAACAAGCAGCUAAAUGAUUUUUGUAUCGAUCAUGCAUCGUGUUCUCGAGUUCAUGCCGCACUAGUCUAUCAUAAACAUUUGAAUAUCUCCUAUUUGGUCGAUCUGGGAAGCACUCAUGGAACAUUUAUCGGAAAUCUACGACUUGAAUCACACAAACCAACGCAACUCCAAAUUAAUUCGACGUUUCAUUUUGGUGCUUCAACUAGAUAUUAUAUUUUACGCGAACGACCAUCGGCUGGAUCACGGUCCGAUAACAUUAUUCAUGAAGACAUACCGAUGAGUGAAACCGGCGAAGGUGCUUUACUAGGAUUGCCUGAAAGCGAAACCGAUUUAGAUAAUUUAACCGAAUACAAUACGGCCCACAAUCGACGCAUAUCCAUGCUCGGCAUCACGGACGAUGUCAAAACGAAGAAAAACAAGAAUAACAAACGCAAGCGACGCAAUGUCACUUUUAAUGAUGAGGAAUGCAUUAUCAAUCCAGAAGAUGUUGAUCCGAAUGUUGGACGCUUCCGUAAUUUAAUCCAAACAACUGUUAUACCAACAAAGCGUUCACGCAUUGAAAACAAUUUCAUGGGCUAUUCAACAGCUAGUUCAAGCGGUGCAGAUAUGACAAAGCAUUUAAAUCCAACAUCGUUCAUUCCUCAUCUGUAUCAAGAUCUUCCGCCGAUUGGCAGUAAAUUUGGAGAUAAAUUGAACGACGGCAGCAUUGGAUCGAAUUCAGGUCAUGGCAGUUUAGAUGUAAAUAUUUCACCGUCUGUGGUACCAUCGUUUGGUUCGAAACUUGGUUUAUUAUUACCCGAUCCAGCGCCCGAAGUUGCACCAAAUCCAGACAAAAUAAUCUCAUUGACACCGACACCAUUCGGAAUGGGACCACAAAAUAAAAUGUCAGACAACAAUAUGGAAAUUUCAAAUCCAAACGAGCCGAAAAAGAAGAAAUACGCUAAGGAGCAGUGGCCAGGUCGAAAGCCGUUAUUGAGUGGACUGUAAUACAAUCAUUUGUACUUUUACAUUGUAAAAAACGUUCAUUUUAUGUUUGACAGAGUAGACUUACGUAUAAUUUUUUUCGUCAUCAUUUAUUGAUUGUACAAAUCAAAAAAAUACCAUCAUCAUGACAAUCAUUAGUGUUUUUGAUUGUAAUAUACGAUUUUAAUGAAUAAAUCACUCAAUAAAAUACAGUACAUUUUCAAAGAGAA